AUGGCACGAUACAAAACUUGGUACUCAGGUAUUCACCAGCACCCUUACCUAUCUCAAAGUCCAUUCCUCCAACUUGCAAUCUCGUAUCAAAGGAUGCUGGUAACAAAACACGACAAAGUUUAUUAUUGGGACACUGCCACCUUCCUGGUUGAAGGAUGUCUCUUUAAGGUCCCGCGGGGCCGGUUCGCCGCUAGUUCAGAGUAUUUCACAUCCACACACCACCUGGCCUCUGAGACUUGGACGAAGGAGAACGCUGGCUACUGCGAGGAGAAUCCUAUCAUGCUCGCGGACGUAUCUGCAGAGGAGUUCCGAACUUUACUCUCUCUCCUUUUCCCCGUCCACACCACUUCGUGUGAUUUGUCCCUUUCGAAGAAGAAAUGGACUCAGGUCCUGAAGCUCUCGACUAUGUGGAAGUUCAAUGAUUUCCGAAAGUUGGCAAUUACCAAGCUGGACGGUUGUUUGCUUGCGGAUCCCGUCGAACGCAUUACCUUGGCACGGACCUACCACAUCUCUUCCUGGUUGAUGACUGGGUAUCAUGCCCUGGUCACCCAAAAAGACGCCAUCGCCGAUCUUCAGCUCGACUCCCUUGGGCAUCUUUGCGCAGUUCGCCUGUUCACCAUUCGCGAACGUUUGGUCAAGGCCGCCCACGCCCAGGAGCUCACGCAAGCUAGAAACUGUUGCUAUCGUUCUAAUAAAAACGACCCUGUCGCCCCUACUCCUGGCCCUGACACCCAGAUCGAGCACGCGUUCGCCACCGAGCUCGCCGUCAUCAAAGACCACGAACUCGAUUAUCUCACCAACCAAGAGAAGAAAGAAGAGGAGAUCAGGAGGACGAAAGUGAAGAAAGAACAAGAACUAACUGAAAAGAAGAAAACAUUUGAAGCCAGCAAGCUGAAGCUGAAGGAGGACGAGGAGGCGUUGGAAGCACUGCGAGUAGCCCUACAGGAGGAAGAAGACCGGCUGGAGAGGGAAAAGGCUUCCGAAUUGCUUAAUCCAGGUUCCACGGUCGCCAAGAAGAAGGGAAAGAAAUGA